CUCCAGACUGACGCCUCUGCGCUCCCUGCGGGAAUCUCUUGAGGACGAUCCCCGACACAUUUUGCGUAGGAUUGAUUGACUGGAUGGUUAUUUUGUCCACUGCUGGAGAAUUAUUCAUUUUCUUGAGCAACAUUAUUUUAGAUUUUUAGAAGAGCCUGCAGUCAUGGAUGUAUACAUUUGGAUUUCCGCGUUGUCAGUGAUGCACUCCUGCAUUAUGUGCGCAGUGCAGUCUGCGCCAGCUGGAGAGACACCCACUGCCUCCACCGACACCCAGCUGCGGCGACAUGUGCGGACCAAACGCUGCUCCUGCGCCACUUUCAUGGACAACGAGUGCGUCUACUUCUGCCACCUGGACAUCAUAUGGGUCAACACUCCCGAGCGCGUGGUCUCGUACGGACUGGGCAACGCUCCCAGAACGAAGCGCGCGGUCUCGGACUCGCGCUGCCAGUGUCUCCGCCAAAACGACAUCGCGUGUAGAAACUUCUGCCGGCUGGAAACCCGCCUCAGGUAUGAAACAUCCCCAGACACGGUGAUCCGCUCUGCCCAGGGCGCUGGUUGCGCAGGGGCGCAAUGCAAACACGAGCUGGCAGCCGACACGGGCAGGAUUAAGAGGAUGAGGAACGGCAACAAGAAGCGGGUGUCGCCUCUGGCAAUCAGGGCCGCCUUGAGAACCCGUCUGCUGCUCAAGAAGUGGAGGGCGAGGCAGCGGCACAGGGCGAGAGCGUGGGAGGGCGAGAGCACGGCCUCCUAAAGACGACAGAUGACCUCCGCACCUUGUCAUGCAGAAAGGGGGGAGAGAGAGAGGGUUUCAUUAGCCCUUCUCUAAAAGCCAGUGGGGAGCCCCGUGGAAAGACGAUGGAGAGCCCAGAGGAGCUCGGCUAACGCACUCCGCAUUGGCUUCUCCGAGGCUGCGGCGUCAGAGCAGAGAGCUUUCACAUCUGAACUUGGUGGCGCUUCAUGAGACAGACGAACGAGGUCAGAGACAACAGAGGGAGUUCAGGUGAAGGAAGAUAAGCCGAGCAGAGGACUCGGGGCCUCGGCCUGCAGAGUCGAGGACAUUCAUCUUGUAGGUGUUUGCCGUCGGACCCUUUGGACUCAAGAACCAAAUAGCAUUUCAAAAACUUGACAUUACUGGAAGGAUUUAAGACGAAUCCCUCUGUUACAGAGCAUACAAAUCACUGCGGUAUAUGGAUGAAGGCGGUCCUGCUUAUUAUAUUUCAAAAUGCCAUUAUACGGAGGCAAAAGCCGGCUGUUGUACAAGAUGUACUGUGUAAUAGAGCGAGACGUUUCUCCACCGACUGAAACUAUUGGCUACGUCUCAUUUAUGUCUAGUCAGCGUAGCUAUGCUGUACAGUAGCUGCUUACUGUCAUGCUGAUGUUAUCAAAGAUUUCUCUGCAUUUGUCAUAAUUUAAUUAUUUUUCACUAAAUAUGCUCUGCACGUGUUCCAUGUAUUUAUUCUUUUUUUACACAUUGUAAUUUGAUGGCCAUAUUGGUCCGUCACGUUUUGGGUUUGUCAUUUCCAUGAAAUGUUUUGUCACCAAGUUGCCAAAUUUUGGCCAAACUGAAAUAAAAGUUGUA